CCUCAAGGUACAAAAGAUUCAUCACUAAAUAUAGUACCAAAGUACAGAGAAAGAACCAGUUCGUUGGAAACACAAAGGAAGUGCUUGAUAAGUUGGAGAAAUGGGUUCAGAUUCUCAAUACCAGAUUCCGGCAAUAGAAUUCACAAUGAAUUCGCUUGAAGUGGACCGAGGAACUGAUGAGUGGUACCAUCUGUGCAAGAAGGUUCGAGAGGCUUGUGAAAAUUAUGGUUGCUUCGAAAUUGUGUAUGAUAAGAUACCUCCGCAGACAAAAGCCGAAACCCUUUCAGCUUCAAGGAAACUUUACAGCCUUCCACUUGAGACAAAGAAGAACAACCUUACCCCAAACCGUUACCAGGGUUACGUUGGACCGGGUGUCACUGCUCCCUUGUAUGAAGGCUUUGGCUUUCAGGAAGCAUCCAACUAUGAAUCCCUUAGAAGCUUCACAGAAGAAAUAUGGUCUCAUGACCAGUUUUGCACUGUCCUUUCUAUGAUGAAGCAGCUGGAUGAGCUGAAAGAUAUGAUUCACUUGAUGAUUCUUGAUAGCUAUGGUUUGGAAAAAUCAUCAAAUUUGAUCAUGGUGUCUAAGACGGUGCUACGGUUACAUAAGUACACGACACCUCCUUCAGGGGAGUACGCGAUGGCUGCCUCGGCUCACACUGACAAGACUUUUAGCACAAUCCUUUUCGAUGAUCAAGUUUCAGGUCUUGAAGUUCAAACCAAGGACGAACAAUGGGUCAAGUUGCCUAUAUCUCCUUGCUCUUUCAUCUUUGUUGUUGGAGACUUCCUCAUGCUUUCUAUGGGGAAAUUGACCACACACAACUUACAACAGAUGAUUCAAAAGUUCCACACAAAGUUUGACAAUCACUAAUGGUGACCUGCAGGCAUGGAGCAGUUGCAGAAUGCAAUCUGUGAAGCAUCGGGUGAUGAUGUGUGGGGAAAAAGAACGACAUUCCUUAAUAUCAUCUGCACUUCCAAUAGAGGGUUCCAUCAUCAAAGCACAAAAGGAGCUAGUAGAUGAAGACUACCCACAAAUUCUUAAAGAUUUCGACUAUACAGAAUUUUUCAACUUCAUCUGUUCAUCAGAAGGAAGAGCCAUUGACUCACAAAUGCAAGUUUACGCAUUUGCUGGAAUUGGAACUUGAUUUGUUAAUUAUAAAUAUUGAAAAUAAAGGUUCUUGACUUGAGUAAUGCCGCAUUUGCCUGAUAUGUAGUGUCUGAUUGGAUGAGGCUCCUCCUUUUAUUUUACAUCUUUGUCGACGUGACAUGCUUGGUCUUCCGAACUGGAAAUUUCUUUGAGUUGUAAUUUAUUUAUCCUCUUCAUCUUUUUGAAUGGAGAUUAGUACCUCUGUUGAUUUUCUGUUUUUGGCUGGGGCAUGGCUGUUGUCCUCCCUUCUUCUGUUUGUAAUCCUUUUCUCUUUUAAUAAAUUGUGUUGGGAAACUCUACUCUUUC